UACCCCACAGGGUCCCACUACUGGCGUCUGGACACUAGCCGGGAUGGGUGGCACAGAUGGCCCAUUGUCCAUCAGUGGCCCCAGGGUCCUUCAACAGUGGAUGCUGCCUUUUCCUGGGACGAUAAAGUCUACCUAAUCCAGGGCACUCAGGUAUAUAUCUUCCUGACAAAGGGAGGCUAUACUCUAGUAGAUGGUUAUCCAAAGAGGCUGGAGAAGGAAUUUGGGAGCCCUCAUGGGAUCAACCUUGAGGCUGUGGAUGCAGCCUUUACUUGUCCUGGGACUUCUCGGCUCCACAUUAUGGCAGGACGGAAGCUGUGGUGGUUGGACCUGAAGUUAGGACCUCAAGCCACGUGGACAGAGCUUCCUUGGCCCCAUGAGAAGGUUGACGGGGCCCUGUGUGUGGAGAAGUCCCUCGGCCCCCAUUCAUGUUCUGCCAAUGGUCCUGGCUUGUACCUCAUCCAUGGCUCCGAUCUGUACUGCUACAGUGAUGCAGAGAAACUGAGCACAGCCAAGACCCUUCCCCAGCCCCAGAAAGUGGGGAGCAUCCUGGGUUGCAAUCAUUGAGAGGAGGUCUCUUGAGAUGAGUCUGGCCCAGCUCCUUCUCCCUGUUUUCCUCACAAUAAAGCCAGGGUGCUUCUUUGCUGGACUCAAGGGGCCCUGGUUUUGGAACAA